GUGACCAGUCUAUCGUCUCUAGUCUUUAGUAGUCCUGGUUUGACAUCAUUAUUCAUAAGCAAUUUAGCAUACACUGCAUACUUAUACCAAUCAGCGGCCAUGGCUGCUCCUGUUCAAGCGGAAGAAGAAUAUCUCGACGUUCUUACCAAAACUGGCCAGAAAACCGGCCUUCGCAAACUCAGGGAGCAUGUUCAUAGAGAUGGGGAUUACCAUCGAGCUGUUCACGUGUGGAUUUAUUCUGAAAGCACACAUGAGCUGCUACUUCAGAAACGUGCCGACUGUAAAGAUUCAUGGCCAGGCCAGUGGGAUAUCUCCAGUGCAGGUCAUAUAUCUGCUGGUGACUCUUCCCUUAUAACAGCCAGAAGGGAACUUCAAGAAGAGCUAGGUGUCAACCUUCCAGAGGAUGCGUUUGAAUUGUUAUUCGUUUUUCUCCAAGAGUGCGUCAUAAAUGAUGGAAAAUAUAUCAAUAAUGAGUUUAAUGAUGUGUAUGUGGUGACCACUCUAGCACCUAUUCCUCUGGAGGCAUUUUCUCUUCAGGAAUCAGAAGUAUCAGCUGUUAAAUAUAUUCCAUUUGAGGAAUACAAGAGUUUGCUGGGAAAUGAUGAUCCUGAUUAUGUCCCUUGUGAUGUAAAUGGGCAAUAUGGCCAGCUCUUUAACUUAAUUGAUGAAAGGUACAAAGUGAACAUGGAGGAGCGGAGUUUAGCUCUUCAAAGGCAACUCAACCGCUAUGCCUCGAUUCCCCUCAGUGCAGAGCUUGGUGGGCUUAGUGCUGCUGAUAAAGAAGCUCUUGAAUUGGUUCUUAAAGCUGCAAUGAUAAUCGAUGAUAUAUUUCACCAGCAGGUUUGUGUCAGCAAUCCAGCUUUGAGAGAUUGGUUGAAGGAGCAUGCUGUUACCUCUCCCUUGAACAAGUUGAAAUGGAAGUAUUUUUCUAUUAACAAAAGUCCAUGGUCUUCCCUAGAUGAAAACCGGCCAUUUUUGACUACUGCUGAUUCUGCAGUCAAAUUGCAUCCCCAUGCAACAAAACCAGUGCCUGAUUGGAAGGGCCUUGAGUACAAAUCUGCGUUUUCUCUAGUGAAACCACCUGGUGCAAAUUUCUAUCCUUCAGAUAUGGACAAACUGGAAUUUGAAUUGUGGAAUAAUAAUCUAUCCGAGGAUAAAAGACAAGAAGCAAUGGGCUUCUUUAAUGUUAUCAAAAGACGCAACGGAGUCAAUUUAGAUGCCCCAACUGAUGUGAGGGAUACUGACCACUCUGUCCAUGAUCUUUACUGCGUCCCGUUUUGUCAAGAGUACAUGUCUUACCUCAUGGAAGCUUCAGAAUUGCUGCAUAAAGCAGGGGAACUGACUAGCUUUCCAAGCUUGAAGAAGUUGCUGCAUAGUAAGGCUGAUGCAUUCCUUUCCAAUGAUUAUUAUGACUCUGACAUAGCCUGGAUGGAAUUGGACUCAAAGUUGGAUGUCACCAUUGGUCCUUACGAGACCUAUGAAGAUAUGCUUUUUGGAUACAAGGCUACAUUUGAGGCAUUCAUUGGAAUCCGAGAUGACGAUGCUACAGCAAAAGUUAAACUAUUUGGCGAUCAUUUAUUGGUUUUGGAGCAGAAUCUUCCCAUGAAUGACGCAUUCAAAUCUAAAGAUGUCACAGCUGCUCCCAUCCGUGUCACCCAGCUUCUUUAUAAUGCUGGGGAUGUGAAAGGACCUCAAACUGUUGCAUUCAAUUUACCAAAUGAUGAACGCAUCGUGAGAGAUCGUGGUACUUCGAUGGUUAUGCUUAAAAAUGUUUCUGAGGCAAAGUUCAAGCAUAUUCUUCUUCCAAUAUCUGAGGCAUGUAUAUCGAAGGAGCAACAGGAGCUUGUUGACUUUGAAUCAUUUUUCACUCAUACAAUUUGCCAUGAAUGCUGCCACGGAAUUGGUCCCCAUAGCAUAGUGCUUUCAGAUGGUCGGAAGUCAACUGUGAGAUUGGAACUCCAAGAACUACACUCGGCCUUAGAAGAAGCAAAAGCUGAUAUAGUCGGCCUAUGGGCUCUAAAUUUUUUCAUCAAUCAGGAUCUACUUCCGCCGAGUCUGGCCAAAUCUAUGUAUGUUUCCUUCCUUGCGGGAUGCUUUCGCUCUGUACGUUUUGGGUUGGAUGAAGCUCAUGGAAAGGGACAAGCAUUGCAGUUCAAUUGGUUAUUUGAGAAACAAGCAUUUAUUAUGCAUCCUGAUGGAAGAUUUAGUGUUGAUUUUGAUAAGGUUAGAGAUGCAGUAGAAAGUUUGAGUACACAGAUCCUAACCAUACAAGCUACGGGUGACAAAAAUGCUGCGAAUUUGCUCCUGCAGAAGUACUGUAUAAUAACCAAUCCGUUGCAACUUGCAUUAGACAAGUUAGAAAGUAUCGAGGUACCGGUUGACAUUACUCCUACAUUUACGGUUGCUGAAGAAAUAUUGCAUGUAAAACGUUGAAAGUUGAAGUUCCAACACAUUUUUUUAUACGUAGUCGAAGUUCCAACACUUAUAUAUUGUUGCGAAACUUUAAGUACUAGUCGUUACUAAUGUGCGAACAAAUAAUAUUAUCCUUACUGUCCGUUUGAUAAUCAUUAAUAUAUUGCAGUAAUGGGAAUGAAUUUUAAGUGUAA